AUGGAUUUUGAUUCGAUUCUGGAAAUGUGUGACGGGUUUGGAGCGUAUCAGAAGAUCAUCAUAGGGGUGCUGCUGUUUCCGGCUACAUUUCCGUGUGCAUUUCACGCUUACAGUCAACUUUUCCUAGCAGCAAAACCCAACCAUUGGUGCAAGGUGCCGGAGUUUAGUGGAUUUCAAGGCCUUUCAUCGGAAGCUCUCAAAAACAUUAGCACGCCCCAGCUGUCACAUUCGGACGGUACGAUCGGAUACUCGAAAUGUUCCAUGUAUUCGCGCAAUUAUUCCGUGCUUGCUGAUCUGCUCCGGUUGAAGCAGGGUGGGGAGAAUGUCUCGCUAGAACAGCUACCACCACCGAACGGUAUUACGCCAUGCCGGUACGGUUGGAACUAUGAUCAAUCCAUCUUCAACUCCACCGUUGUGACCGAGUGGAAUCUAGUGUGUGACCGGGACUUUGACACCACCACGGCACUGAUGGUGUUCGGUGUUGCCGGGCUGAUCGGUAAUCUGGGAUUCGGCUACAUGCAGGACUACUGGGGACGCAAACUGUCCUUUUAUCUCUGUCUGGUGGUGCAGGUGACCGCCGGUGCAGUUGGCGCGGCCAUGUGGAGCUACGGAUCGUGGCUGAUGACGCGCAUCGUUGUAGGUCUCACCGUACCGGCCAUCUUGUCGAGUCCGUACAUGCUGGCAAUCGAACUGGUAGAACCGAAGCGUCGGAACUUCUGCACCAUCAUCUCCAACAUUGCGUACUCGGUCGGGUUGGUGCUGCUGUCGGUGAUCGUGUACUAUGAACGAGACUGGCGUUCCCUAUCAAUCGCUGUUUCCGUUCCGUUGCUGGUGCUCUUUCUGUUCUACACCUUAAUACCCGAAUCACCCCGUUGGCUUGCGGCACGUGGCAAGUACAGUCUGGCACAGGGAAUUCUCUUAAAAAUGGCCAGAGUGAAUGGUAAAACGAUCGACGAGAGCUACCGUCAGUUGCUGGACGAACGGAUUAAGGCUCUCUCGCUUGAGGAUGCUCCCGAUCCUGCCGCGAAUUCGCACGCAAACGAAAUAGGACUGCGGCACCUGUUCGCCAAACCACAGAUGCGUCGGAAGACAACGUUCGUGGCGUUCAUCUGGCUGACGAACACGAGCGUUUACGUGGGCCUUAGCUAUUACGCGCCGGCUCUGGGUGGUGAUGAGAUCUUUAACUUUUUUCUAGCCGGUUUAGUCGAAUUGCCGACGUACAUUGUGCUGUGGCCGAGCCUGAACCUGUUCGGACGUCGGGGUGUGCUCUUCACGACGAUGGUCAUCGGUGGGCUGGCCUGCGCACUAACGAUUGUUCCGCAAGGUCGUACCACAACACUCAUUCUUUACUGCAUCGGUAAAAUGGGUGUCUCGUCGGCGUUCGUUGUCGUUCCGCUGACCGCCUCGGAAAUAUAUCCCACCGUUGUACGCGGCUUGGGGAUGAGCUUUUGCUCCGUGGUUGGAAUGCUUGGUCCAAUCGUAAUACCACUGAUGAACUACACGGGAAAGGAAAACGUUGCCAUUCCGCUGGUGAUCAUGGGUCUCGCCUUAACGGCCGGUGGUAUUGCGAGUUUGUUUCUGCCGGAAACGAAAAAUAUGCCACUGCCGCAAACGCUAGCCGAUGGGGAGAAGAUCACACUGACUAACCCGUUUCAGGAACCGUUCUACAGAAGGAAGCGGACGCACGUCGUAAAACCGUAG